UAAAAUGUAGAGAAAAGCUAUAAUAAAUAAAAAAAGAAAAAAUUAAUAGAUUAGCUCUAAAAAAAUAGAAAAAAAUAACUAUUAAAUAAAUAAUUUAGAUUGAUGAUAAAUACAAAUUAUAGCAAAAAACAAAUUAAAUGGAAUGAAAAAUAAAAUGAAAAAUUGUAAAAUCUCUAACUAAAUUAUGCUCCUUUCGAAUAUAUUUAGGAAGAGCUUGAAUCAGACAAAAAAAUCAUAGAAAAUCAAAUAUAUUUGCCUUCAUAGGUUAAAUAAAACGAAGAAGAUUCUAUGAACGAAAAUAUAAACUUAUAAUAUUUUAGAGAUAUUUCUAAGGAUAAGGAAUUUUCUCAGAACAUUUACCUCACAAAUUAUUGGGAAUUUAAUUAAGCAAAAUUAGAGGACCUACGUACAUCUGAGAUCUAGAAAUAAUUUGAUAUGCUUAGAAACGGAGACGAGCUUGAGCCUCUUAGAGAAAUAUAUCUUACAGACUUUGAGAUAAGUAUUGCACUCACUGUUCUCUCAAACUGCCUAACAGAUGGUAUUAUUGAGUAUCUCAGAAGGAUUUAUGACCCUGAAAAAGAUUAUUCGUACUUGACAGACUCCUAGAAAACAAUAAUUAACAAAUUUGUUCAAUAUUUACCUUAAUACAGUAUUGUCUUGCUUAACCAAUAAAUGCCUUUUGAUAAAAAAUAGUUUAUUGAAACUCACUACAUCACCUAUAAAGUUAAAAUAUCAAAAUAGAUUCAUAAGGAUAAUCAUUUGCUCUGCGAUGUCUUCCUCAGAUACGAAAAAUUUUCGGAAUAUGAAAUCUCACUUAGAUAUUUCAUGUAAAAAAAAUUAGAAGUACUUAUUGAUUAAAAAUUCAAUUCAACCAAAGAACUUAUCAAAGCUCUUUAGCUUAUGUAUAAUGAAGAGAAGAACAAAAUUUAAACAAUAGCUGAAAACUCUUCUGUUACCCUCUCAACUUGUAUUCAUACUUAGUAAAAGAUAUAGCCCAACGAAGAAUCUUUUAAUACAAAACUUGAUUAUUCGUAGACUGAUAAUGAAUCUCCUUUAAAAAAAGAUUAGCUAUAAAGUAAGAUAUUACCUAAUUACAUAAUAAUUAAAGAAGAAAAAGCUGAUAAAGUAAAUUAAGAGUAAAAAAAAUAAAGCAAUUUAAUUAAUGGAAACUUCACUUAAAAAAAUAAAGAAAAUUCAGGUAAAAUGAAUCUUUAAAAGUAAGAUAAUGUACAAAAAGAUUUAUUCUAGCAAAAGCAUUCUAAAGAUUUAAAUAUUUUAUGCAAUUAAAAUAAGAAAAAAGGUGUAAACGUACUACAACUCAAUCUAGAUGAAAAGUAAAAAUUAAUUUAAGAUAAGAUUCAAUUUAUCGAGUUUAUAAUCUCCAAGGUUCCUGUUGUAAAAUAAAAAUUUCAUAUUUCUAAAAAUGAGAAAUCAAUUUAAUAAGUUCUUUAGGCAUAUAAAAGUAUAAAUAGCAUUAUUGAAAAAGCAAGAGAACUCAAUCAAAAGGUUAAUAUACAAUAGAUUAACACAUUUUUAACAGCUUAUAAGUCUAAAAAGAUAGAUAACAUCUUAAAUGAAAUUAAGAGAUCAAACAAAAAAUACUUUGUGUGA